AUGGCGUCGUCUCUCCACCCAAACCCAACCACCUUCCUCCAACCCGCACGCUUACAAUUCACACCCACCUCCGUCGCAACCCGCGUUCCCAUACGGUGCGGCCCACGCGACAAGCGUGGACCCUUGGUCAAAGGCCGCGUCCUCAGCAUCGAGGCCAUCCAAGCCGUCCAAGCCCUCAAACGGGCCCAAAGAUCCGACCCGGACGACCCAUCUCCCGUCUCCAAAACCCUCUCCCGCCUAAUCAAAUCCGACCUCGUCGCUGCCCUCAAGGAGCUUCUACGGCAGGAUCAAUGCCACCUGGCCCUCCAGGCCUUGGCCGCCUUCCGAUCCGAAUACCAACCUGACGUCACCAUCUACGCCGAGGUGGCUCUGGCACUCGCCAGAAAUGGGAUGGUGGAGGAGAUCGACGCUCUCGUCUGUGAGCUGGAGAAGGAGAGUGGAGGUGUCCAGUUGGGGGGAGAUGAUAAGGGGCUGAUAAGGCUGAUCAGGGCCGUCGUUGGCGCCGACCGGAGGGAAUCGACGGUGAGGAUUUACGAGAUGUUGAAGAGGAAUGGAUGGGGGACUAGUAGUUUCAAAGCGGAUGAGUAUAUGGUGAAGGUGUUGAGCAAAGGAUUGAGGAGGCUUGGUGAGGCUCAACUUGCUGAUGAGGUUGAUGCCAAAUUUGGUCCACAGCUGUUAUUUCAAUCUUGA